GUCCAUCUCCAUCUUCACGCACCUCACUCACUAGGGAAGCAUGGUCUCCAUGGCGGCGGCCAAGAUCGCCGUCCUUCUGGCCGCGACGGCGCUCUUCGCCGCAGCAGGAGCAGCGGACCCCCAACCUCCCCCAACCGGAAAUGAAACCCAGUGCUGGCAGUGCUACUCCACCUGCAUGCACAAGUGCGACAACAGCAGCUGCGGCGACGUCCAGAAGUACUUCCAGUGCAAGAAGUCGUGCAUCCUGGACUGCUACAAGGAACUGCCGCCGGUGUGCUUCAAGAUGUGCAUCUCCCAGACCUGCCUCACCCUGCCACCAGAUAAACAGGUGGAUUGCUACAAGGCAUGUGGGACCAAAUGCUUCCAUAACCACCCGUACCCCGGGCCAAACCCGGGUCCAACGCCGCCCGGACCUCCGAAGCCGAUGCCACCGCCAGGACCUCCGAAGCCCAUGCCACCGCCGCCGUCGCCCAUGCCGCCGAAGCCAACCCCGCCGAAAGCCACCUAAUGCGCCCAAGACAAAGCCGAUGCCGCCGUGCCCGCCACUAGCUGUAUCCGCGUCGAGCAACACCAGCAACAACUGCUGGGUGUACGUGACGACGUCUAUGCACACAUACUUCCAAGUGAACACGCGAUAUAUACAGCACAACAGUAUAAGUAGAGCCCUCGAAAAAGAAAACAGUAUAUGUAGACGGGGUAUGACUGAUAAUAUCGAUAUAGGUUAUUCUACAAGAUUACUCUAUAGAUCCAUCAGCUCUAAGUAAACUGCGUAUAAAUCAUGUAUGUAUAAGGUAUGUGUUACUGAUGUUAGAAGUUGAUUCCUUG